UCCCUAUAUUCCUAUAUCCAUUUUUGAGCCAUUCAUUUCAAUUUCAUCCUCAAUUCCUCUUAUUUUAUUCUAUCUUUUUUUGUUAAGACAUAUAAGUGUAAGCCUUUGUCUCUUCCCCUGCUCACAUUUUAAAACCUCAACAUGGAGGAGACACAAAACCACCAUUUCCUCCGCCCACUCCACCCACCAACCACCGCAUAUUCCGACGGCUAUACCACCGGAACCACGCCGGAAUCUCGAAAUGACUUCAACAACUUCAGUUUCCGGCUGGUCUUCAUCGCCUGCAUUGCUCUAGUCUCCGUUUGGGCCACCUAUGAAGCUUCCAAGGGGUUCUCCAUUACCAUCAUCAACGAAGCCGCCGGCGACACGUUCGCCGGAAAACGCUUCCACCUCUUCUACGUGUCCAACGACCAAGCCAUCCGAUUAAUCCUCGAGAGAAGCGAGUUUGCCGAAAAUACCCUUUACCCGCCGAGUGAUCAUCACCCCAAGAAGACCAUCAACCACGUCACCCUCCGGCUGUCUAGCCGGAACUUAUCACGUCCGGCGACGACCGUCUCCGGCGAGCGCGACAGCGAGUUUGUGAUUCAUCUAAGCCCUUCAAUUAUGCACGAGAAAAAUUUUAAGCAUUCAAUGUUUUUAGCAGUGCAACGUGGCAUGGCACGAAUAUGGCUAUGGGACGGUCAAGGUAACGCUCCGGUAACUCUUAUAAACGGUGUUGUUGACUACAUUUCUUCUUUAGCCGUCAAUGGUGGAGCGCCGGCGGCGGCGGCGGCGGGUGCCGAGUUGCCGGAAUAUUCCGGCUCCGGCUGUUGGAAGGGUACCAGUGAUCCGAGAACGGUGGCCGGAUUCUUGAAUUAUUGUGAAGGGAAGAGAGAAGGGUUUGUGAGAAGAUUGAAUCAAGAAAUGAAAAAUAAUUGGCAUGAGAACAUGGUGGAUGAUGCAUUAGGGGGCAUGCCAGCUAAAACUCUAUGCAAUUCAUAUCAUUCUUCUAGACGAUUCUCUACAAGCUCUAUAUAAUUAUCUCUUCUUGUUUACAAUGCAAUUUCAUUAGUUAUAUUUUAGGUAUAGAUCAGACUUAAUUGAUCUAUUAAUUAUUGUCUU